AGCGGACAGGGUGGCUUCCGGGUUUGGCGGGGCCUUUGUCUCUCGCUGUGGCCUGAGCUCCAGGUCUCGUCUUCACCGCUCUGUGUCCUCUGCUCCUAGAGGUCCAGGCUCUGUGGCCCUGUGACCUGCAGGUAUUGGGAGAUCUACAGCUAAGACGCCAGGAACCCCUGGAAGCCUAGAAAUGGAGAACCUGAAGUCUGGAGUGUAUCCUCUCAAGGAAGCAAGUGGAUGCCCUGGGGCUGACAGGAAUCUUCUGGUGUACUCUUUUUAUGAAAAGGGGCCGUUGACAUUUAGGGAUGUGGCCAUAGAAUUCUCUCUGGAGGAGUGGCAAUGCCUGGACACUGCUCAGCAGGAUUUGUAUAGAAAAGUGAUGUUAGAGAACUACAGAAACCUGGUCUUCUUGGCAGGUAUUGCUGUUUCUAAGCCAGACCUGAUCACCUGUCUAGAGCAAGGAAAAGAGCCCUGGAAUAUGAAGAGACAUGCGAUGGUAGAUGAACCCCCAGUUAUAUAUUCUCAUUUUGCCCAAGACCUUUGGCCAGAGCAGGGCAUAAAAGAUUCUUUCCAAGAAGUCAUAUUGAGAAGAUAUGGAAAAUGUGGACAUGAAGAUUUACAGUUAAGAACAGGCUGUAAAAGUGUGGAUGAGUGUAAUCUGCACAAAGAAUGUUAUGAUGAACUAAACCAGUGUUUGACAACUACCCAGAGUGAAAUAUUUCAAUGUGAUAAAUAUGUGAAUGUCUUUUAUAAAUUUUCAAAUCCAAAUAUACAUAAGAUAAGACAUACUGGAAAGAAGCCUUUCAAAUGUAAAAAAUGUGACAAAUCGUUUUGCAUGCUUUUACACCUAACUCAACAUAAAAGAAUUCAUAUUAGGGAAAAUUCUUACCAAUGUGAAGAAUGUGGUAAAGUCUUUAACUGGUUCUCAACCCUUACUAGACACAGAAGAAUUCAUACUGGAGAGAAACCCUACAAAUGUGAAGAAUGUGGCAAAGCUUUUAAGCAGUCCUCAACCCUUACUACACAUAAGAUAAUUCAUACUGGAGAGAAACCCUACAGAUGUGAAGAAUGUGGCAAAACCUUUAACCGGUCCUCACACCUUACUACACAUAAAAGAAUUCAUACUGGAGAGAAACCCUACAGAUGUGAAGAAUGUGGCAGAGCUUUUAACCGGUCCUCACACCUUACUACACAUAAGAUUAUUCAUACUGGAGAGAAACCCUACAAAUGUGAAGAAUGUGGCAAAGCUUUUAACCAAUCCUCAACCCUUACUACACAUAAGAUAAUUCAUGCUGGAGAGAAACCUUACAAAUGUGAAGAAUGUGGCAAAGCUUUUUACCGAUUCUCAUACCUUACUAAACAUAAGAUAAUUCAUACUGGAGAGAAAUUCUACAAAUGUGAAGAAUGUGGCAAAGGCUUUAAUUGGUCCUCGACUCUUACUAAACAUAAAAGAAUUCAUACUGGAGAGAAACCCUACAAAUGUGAACAAUGUGGCAAAGCUUUUAAUGAGUCCUCAAACCUUACUGCACAUAAGAUAAUUCAUACUGGAGAGAAACCCUACAAAUGUGAAGAAUGUGGCAAAGCCUUUAACCGGUCCCCAAAACUUACUGCACAUAAGGUAAUUCAUUCUGGAGAGAAACCUUACAAAUGUGAAGAAUGUGGCAAAGCUUUUAACCAAUUCUCAAACCUUACUAAACAUAAGAUAACUCAUAUUGGAGAUACAUCUUACAAAUAUCUAGAAUGUGAUAAAGCCUUUAGCCAGUCUUCAACUCUUACUAAACAUAAGGUAAUUCAUACUGGAGAGAAACCCUACAACUGUGAAGAAUACAGCAAAGCUUUCAACCAGUCUUCAAACCUUAUGAACAAAGUAAUUCAUACUGGAGAGAAACCCUACAAAUGUGAAGAUUGUGGCAAAGCCUCUAACCAGUCCUGAAUUCUUACUAAACAUAAGAACAUUCAUACUGAAGAGGAACCCUGUGAGUGUGAAGAAUAUGGCAAAGCCUUCAACAAGUCCUCAAUUCUUACUAGACAUAAGAUA